AUGUUAACUGCAGAACAACUCAAGAAUGAAGGAAACAAGGCAUUCGCCAAUAAGGAAUACAAGAAGGCGGCCAAAAUAUAUCGUGAUGCAAUUCAAUUAGACAUGUACAACCCAGUCCUAUAUUCCAACCGUGCCCAAUGUUUCAUCAAUUUGAAAGAUUAUGAAAGAGCCUACAAAGAUUGUAUAAGCGGGAUCAAUCUAGGAGCUCCCAAUCCCCUUUUGACGAAAUUGUAUUAUAGGCAAGGAAUCUCGUUGAAAGGAUUGAAUCGAUUAAAACGAGCUAAAGAAGCUUUUGAAAUGGUGUUGAAAUUGGAUCCCAAGAAUGUGAAUGCCAAAACCGAGUUAGAGAAUAUUCGAAAUACAGCUGAUUUAGAUGAAGAUAUGAUAGAUGGAGAAAAUCUUGUGAAUAUUCGAAUAGAAAAUGUUGAUGAAUUGCCUAAUGAAUUUAUCAGCCUCCUAGAACCAAAGAAAACUACUCCCCCAGUUGUCCCAACCAUCCAACCUAUUCAAAAAGCUCUGAGUAUCACUUCAGAUGCAGAGAAAGAAAUAAAGGAGAUUUUCACACAUAAGGAACAAACUCAACAAACCAAGCCCACUUCCAAGAUAACUGGCACGACCGACGAAUCCCAAGAAAAGCUGCCAUUGCAAUUACUUACUGUUCUACGAAAACUUCCGGCAUCCCAGAAAGUAAAGGGGUACGAAUACAUCCUUAACCUUGAUGACGAAUCUUAUAGAACAAUCUUUGCUUCUUCAGGAAUCGAUACAGAUUUCUUGCAGUUCUUCCUUGAAGCAGCUGAGUAUGCCGCUGCUAAUGAAAUGAUGCCAAGUUGGAAUAAAUUAAUUCUUAAUCAUUUAUCACAAUUCUCCAAAUUUAAAAGAUACGAUCUUUCCAUGAUGAUGGCAGACGAUCAAUUGAAGAACAAUAUUCUACAAAAAGUUGAACAGAAACACCCAGAAGAUUUAUUAGCAUUUCGAGAUUUAUUUAAAUAA